GUUCCCCCAGAGAUACCGAGAUGUGAGAUCAGGCGUCAUUGGUUAUUGCUCUCGAAUCCUGUUGGCAAUUAUGUGGGUUGUAAUAAAGCGAGCCAGAUGAUAUAUCGUAGCAUGCCUCGAUUCUCAUGCCUCGAUUCUCACCCACCUGUCCAUCUUCAUCCUGUCCCUUCUGAAGUCGUUCCUUUAGUCGUGCUUCCCGCAGUCAGUCGUUCAUUUAUUUGACUUGCCAAAUUCUUUUCAUAAUGGUCCAAAUCUCGGUCCUCCUCACGAGCGUUGCUGCUCUGGCAGCCGCAUCCCCCGUGACCAAGCAGCUUCAGAGCCGGGAAUCUUGCCAAGGACAGAGCUGCAUCAUCGCAGACGUCGCUCGCACCACCGGCCGAGCUCCCAUCAACCCGAACGGUCCCAAUCAACCUGAGGGGGGUAGUAAGGAGGGUAACAAGUGCAUCGCGGACUAUAUCGUUCAAUUGAACAAUGAAUGCCGUAUCCCAGUGGGCUCUAGAACUGAUAAGGACGGAAAUUCUUUGCCCGCAGUAGCAGGCUGUGAGUCCAAGUCUCCGGCCACGCCAGGAUCCAACUCGUCUGGCAGCACUGGCAGCACUGGGAGCACUGGGAGCACUGGCAGCACUGGAAACACUGGAAGCACUGGAAGCACGCAAAGCGCUGGAAGUAACUCUGCAGGCACAGGUGGGGGCGACUUUGCAGGGAGUUCAACCAGUGGUCUUGGAAGCGUUAGCGGCGGUGGUCUUGCUGGUCUACUCGGUGGGAGUGGUAGCUCGAGCUCGAGCGGUCUCAGUUCGCUCUUCGGUGAGCAAUUUCCUCUUGACGUUCCCACCCGAUGUAACUACGUUGAAUCGGACUGACUUCUGCUCCAGGCGGCCUAUUCGGAAAGCGAGAGGAAGCCAAUGCCGAAAAACGUCAACUCUUUGGUGGUGGAAGCUCA